CACGUUGAAAUUUCCCCCAGUUUUUCCUGCAGAACGAGAGUCGAGCGAUGCCUACCCCCGCGCUCCUGCACCAGUUGGGCGCUCCCGGAUGAGGCCCUACCCCUUUGGAUCCACGUGGUCUGCAACCUGGUGCGAGCGGCCCGGGCUACCGGGUUGCCUGUGGUGUGGGUCCCGGGAUGGAGGAGCCUCAGGCCGGCGGUGAGCAUGCUGCUCGGUUCCCUUGUCCCCCCAAUUUUACCGCGAAGCCCCAAGCCUCAGGGUCCCCUCGUUUCUCCUUGGAGGCGCUGACGGGUCCAGAUACGGAGCUGUGGCUUAUUCAGGCCCCUGCAGACUUUGCCCCAGACUGCUUCAAUGGGCGGCAUGUGCCUCUCUCUGGCUCCCAGAUUGUCAAGGGCAAGUUGGCAGGCAAGCGGCACCGCUAUCGAGUCCUCAGCAGCUGUCCCCAGGCUGGAGAAGCGACCCUGCUGGCCCCCUCAACGGAGGCAGGAGGUGGACUCACCUGUGCCUCAGCCCCCCAGGGCACCCUGAGGAUCCUUGAGAGUCCCCAGCAAUCCCUGUCAGGGAGCCCUCUGCAGCCCAUCCCAGCAAGUCCCCCACCACAGAUCCCUCCUGGCCUGAGGCCUCGGUUCUGUGCCUUUGGGGGCAACCCACCAGUCACAGGGCCUAGGUCAGCCUUGGCCCCCAACCUGCUCACCUCAGGGAAGAAGAAAAAGGAGAUGCAGGUGACGGAGGCCCCAGUCACUCAGGAGGCAGUGAAUGGGCACAGGGCCCUGGAGGUGGACAUGGCUUUGGGGUCCCCAGAAAUGGAUGUGCGGAAGAAGAAGAAGAAAAAAAAUCAGCAGCUGAAAGAAGCAGAGGCGGCAGGACCUGUGGGGACAGAGCCCACAGUGGAGACACUGGAGCCUCUGGGAGUGCUGUUCCCAUCCACCACCAAGAAGAGGAAGAAGCCCAAAGGGACAGAAACCUUCGAGCCAGAAAACAAGACAGUGAAGCCGGAACAGAUUAACACUGAGCCUCUAGAAGACACAGUCCUGUCCCUGACCAAAAAGAGAAGGAGGCAAAAGGGGACGGAAGGGAUGGAGCCAGAGGAGGGGAUGACAGUUGAGUCUCAGCCACAGGUGAAGGUGGAGCCACUGGAUGAAGCCAUCCCUCUGCCCCCUACAAAGAAGAGGAAAAAAGAAAAGGGACAGAUUGCAAUGAUGGAGCCAGGGACGGAGGCGAUGGAGCCAGUGGAGCCAGAGAUGAAGCCUCUGGAGUUCCCAGGGGGGACGAUGGAGCCUCAACAGCCAGAAGGAGUGGAGCCUCAGGCCCAGGCAGCUCUGGCAGCUCCCAAAAAGAAGAGGAAGAAAGAAAAACAGCAAAAUGCCACAGUGGAGCCAGAGCCAGAGCCAGAGGUGGUGGAGCCUGAGCUGUCGGAUGACCUUGAGCCUCAGGCAGCUCCCGCAUCCACCAAAAAGAAGAAGAAGAAAGAGAGCGGUCACACAAUGACUGAGCUGAUUCAGCCACUACAGCUUGAACUGCCAGGGGAGGGACAGCCUGAGGCCAGGGCAACUCCGGGAUCCACCAAGAAGAGGAAGAAGCAGAGUCAGGAAAGCCGGAUGCCAGAGACAGUGCCCCAAGAGGAGAUGCCAGGGCCACCACUGAAUUCAGAGUCUGGGGAGGAGGCUCCCACAGGCCGGGACAAGAAGAGGAAGAAGCAGCAGCAGCAGCCUGUGUAGUCUGCCCCCGGGAAACUGAGGAACUAAAGAAAGCUGAAGGUGCCCACCUGGGCCACCAGAAGGUGACACCCCCAGAACCCGUCCCCAGAGACUGCACCAGCGCAGCCAGCCUGGCCUGGGAGGAUGCUUUAUUAUUACACCGGGGGUCUCCUUGGCAGCUGGGGUCAUCAGGGUACUUUCAGGAAGGGCUCGUGCAGGACAUCAAACAGCCUCCGGGCCUGGAUGGGAGGGAGAAAAAAAUGAGGAACCAGUCAUUAAAGGAGCUGUUUCCUGGGUAAA